ACCAUAUUUUGUAUCGUAAUUGGAAGUCAGUUAAAGGGGAAAUUGUUACCCGUGGUAUUUAAAGCUCGCUUAGGACACAAUUGAGAUAUAUAACAAAGGGAUAAAUAUAGUCGGCGGGGUGUAUAUGGUCACUCUACCGUGACGAUCAGCCCGGCAAACCUGUUCCAAGAUGGGUGCAGUGAGGCGUGACGUCCAAACACCGGAGGAGGGUGUGAUACGUUGAACGGGUGGGUAAAAGGAUACCCCGAACUCCUGGACGCAGAUGACCAAUAUGCCGGGAAGGGGAGGGGUAACCCUCGCCCUUAUUCUCAUACUUACUGCAGUUGGUGCGCGCGCUGAUGUAGAGUGCGGGACUGUGACGUACAUGACAUUUAACUCCGCCAAUGUCCCAGUGUCCACUACUGCUCCCCGUGUCUGCUAUGGCGAGUACAUGUGCUGCGGGGAUUCCCCCAAUGAGUAUUGCUGCAACAGUUUUUCACCCGCCGGAAUCGCCGCCAUCUUGAUCGCCAUUCUUUGCCUUAUUGGGGCCAUCAUCGUCAUCGUCCUUAUCAUAUAUACCAUCUGCUGGAGACGACGAGUAAUUCAGGAGGAAGUCGUUGAAGUACAGGAAGAACACCCACCACCGAUGGAGCCGCUUCCGGGAAUGGAAACGAUCGGGGCGCCGCCAAAGCAUUUGCUUAUGCCACCACAACCUAUGAUGGUGCCACCAAUGCGACAGGAAGUGAUCGUUCAGCCACCACCCCCGCCCCAGCCUAUUCAAAUAGUUCCAGUGAUUGGGCCACCCCCUCCACCUCUCCCUCCAAAGAUAGUAUUCAUGGAAGUGCCCGCACCUCCACCACAACCACGCCAGACCCUCUACGUAGAAGUACCCCCCUUACCAAGACCAGACACACCACCACCUCCUCUUGUCAAGCUUGCUCUUCCUCCAAUUCCCAGACCAAGGACACCGCCAGCACCAGUUGUACAUGUCGAUGCACCAAAGAUACCUCCAAUUCCCGAAGCUCCUGCACCAAUCGUGUACGUUGAACCGCCAGAGUUGCCCGAGAUUCCUCGGCCUCCUACGCCCAUUGUCCACGUCGCAGCCCCAAGGCUACCAAGAAUUCCAACUCCCCCCGCCCCUGUAGUUAUGAUAGACCCCCCUGUACAGCCAAGACCAAGAACGCCUCCACCUCCAAUCGUAAUGAUGAAUCCACCACCUCCAGCACCGCCACCACCUCCUCCACAAGUAGUGUAUGUUGAUCCACCACGACCUCCUACACCACAGCGAGAAGUCGUCUAUGUCGAGCCUCCACAACCGGAGCCACAAUUAGUUUACGUCGAACAAGAAAAACCAAGAUUAAGGCGAAUCGAAGUAGAACCCGAACCUACUCGAAUAAUCGAAACAGUUCAGAUGCCGGAAAACAUUUACGCGCGCAGUCUCCGUCAAUCUGCGUUCAGGUCUUAUGAGGAGCCUACAAGAGCCAAGAUAGUUGAACUGGAUCGAAGCCCAACAAUACAGCGCCGGACAUUAGUACACGAAGAUGACUAUGGUUCCCCUCGACUGCGACGUUCUAUGCGCGCAACAGUUGUCCGUGAUGGCGAUUAUCGGCAAUCACAUCGCGCCACCGUGAGGGAAAAGGACGACGAUGCAUACGGCGGUGGAGAGGGAUUUGUGUACCGUGGACUUGGUCGGAGCACAAGACGCGUGGGCGAACCGGACCCGGACGAAUAUUUCUUUAAUUAAGGUUAUCAAAUAUUGAAGGAUUAUCUGAGAAUUAAUUACUCUCAUGUAUGUGUCCAUGGAUCCAAAGUACUAUGGAAUCACUAUAUAAAAAGCUAAUGGAACAGAAUGAUAUUGCAGCGGGAGGCCGAUAAUCCAUUCUACUUCCUCAAUAAGAUCGAAUUGAUCAGAAGCUGUGAGACAAUCUAUGGAGAGCCUGAAUCGGCGUAAAUGUGUUAUCCAAAAUUGUGGAAUAACUAACCUCAAAGUAAGGCUCGCGGAUAGUUAAGAAUGGAAACUUUGUUCUUAACUUAUACACUUCCGGUGCCAACUUUUCUUUUGUAUCUAAUACGACAAGCUACUUGGAGUGUAGCUUGUCCCCAACUUAUUUUCAUCCAUUGACUUUUAUAAAAGAAACAUAAAAAAGAGAAAAAGAAAAAAGUUGAUGGAUAAGGGGUCAUUAUGUCAACUUUAGAACACGCAGCCCGGUCACGCGUUGAGGCAACGGGUUAACAAAUGACACAUCACUCAUGUACAGUUUACAUUGUCAUAUUUUACAACUAAGCUUUGUUGUAGAAGCAGACUUUCGUAAUGUCAUAAAAUCAACGUUUCGGACACGCUUCAUAUUGCAUAUUACCAUACAUAUUUCAUUAAAUGUGUUAAUGCAAAAAAGUGCACAUCAAUAUGCAAUAAGUGCAAUGUUAAACACAAUAAAGUCAUUGGAGGACGUGGCUUUAGUGCUGUAUAUGACUGCUGAGCCACUGAAACUGUUAUUGCCAAAAUAUCUGCUGAAGAAUUAUACGGUAUUCAGUAUAUUUGGUAGAAUUGUACAUGUAUACACUUAUCGUUCAAAACCUGUUUUUGUAUAAUUGGUUUAAAAUAUCACAAAAUCAAAUAUUGUUCAAUACAGAUUUCAUAAUUUGAGAAUAAAUAAAGUACACAAUCUCUAUUGUCAUUAUGAAUUCGACAUUUAACGCCGUGUCUUGAUUUUAGCAAUGAUUUAAUAACAAAAAGAAAUGAAUUUACUUUUUUUCAAUUCGAUUUUAACUAGAGUAAGAGUAAAUUGUUUUCUUAAUGUAUUCAAAUUAUUUCACUCUUAAAUGAACGAUGACAAGACAGAUAUGUAAAUUCAUUGCUACAUUUGAAAUGACCUCUUAAUACAUUUGCAGAAAUAAAAAAAGCACCAAACAUUUAAAAAAAACAACAACAAUAAAACUAAAAACUGAAAACAAUUGUCUUCUUCAUUAAUUUACAUUUGGUGACCUUUGAGUUUACAUACUUCAAGUCCUGCUGAGCGUAGAUGACGUCAGCUUAUACUUAUAUAUAAUAUAGUAUGUAUAUUGUAUUGUAUAUUGUAUUGUAUAUUCAUAACUAAAACAGAACCCCUUUAAUUGUAUCAUGUUCGUGUUCAAAACAUGCAUGUAUCUACAAUUGCAAGUGAUUUUAUGAAAUUAUAAAUUAUAAUUGUAAUAGUU